AUGUUUCUUCCGUUAUCCUUAUCCCGGAUUGUUGCUAGUCCAAGUAAUUAUCCAAGUAAUAGUUAUCUUUGGCAACCGCCAUAUUCAAAUCGAGCACGGAAAAAAAGUGUCCUGGUUGACAAGGAUUCAACGGAACUUAUUGAGUUGAAGAGAGAAGUUUCGAAGUUAAAAUCAUGGUGCAAAAAGAUUGCGGCAUCACAUAAAGAAAUUUUGAAGAUAGAAGAUAGGUAUAGGCAUGCAGAAAUAUUAGAGGAAUUGCAGGAGAAUAGUGAUAUGAUCAAGACCGAAAGUGAAUUUGAAUAUGAGAGUGAAGACAAGAAUUCUUUGACCGAGAAUGAAUUUGAAGACGAGAGUGAAGAUGACGAGUGA